CCUUUCCAAGAUUCUACUUCGUUCAAAGAACCGUUGUCUUCCUCGCCCUCUUCGGGCUGCCUGUGGGUCCUGCGCAUGUCGACCGACUUGACCGACGGCGUCGAUCACGGCGUCAGCUGCGGACCGACGCAUGAAGAUGGAGUUCUGGAGAUUCAGGUGGAGAAAUCCCCGUUUUGAUAGACUGAGCAUGUUCUGAAGCAGUUGGCUUGGAUGGAGAGGAAUGUUCAGUGCGAGUGCCUGCUUCUCUCACAGGUCGUCAGCUUCGAAAGAUCAUCAGCGACAAGCUUCCUCCCAAAGCUGGUGCAAGAGUUGCGCUGCAACAAGGACCUGAGAUGCUUCUUCUAGACAAGACCCUAAGAGAAUCCUUUGGGCUUGUAGACUCUGCAUGUGUGACCUAUGUUUACAUACCUGCCAGCCUCUAUGAAGCCUGGAGAUUGCUUUCAGGCUUGCCCGUUGCUGAUCACGCGAGUGCGCUGGAAGGCAUGACCCAACUGGAAAGCCUCUCCUAUCCUCAUCAACUCGAGACACUUCCAAAGAGCCUCCAAAGCUGUAAAUGUAGUUUUGAGACCGUCCGAUUCAACAAGACCUUGGAGUGUAUCACUUUACCCAGCCAGCUCCAGAGCUUAAGCUUCGACUACGAUUUCAACCGACCCUUAGAUGGACUUGCUCUGCCCAACAGUCUCCAGUCUCUGACCUUUGGCACGACCUUCAACCAACCCUUGGAGAAGGUGAACUGGCCGAGUCGUUUGCGGAGUCUAACACUGGGCGCUUCCUUCAACCAGAGACUCGACACCAUUGCCUUUCCUGCAAGCCUGGAGAGCCUGACCUUUGGCGUGGCAUUUAAUCAGCCGUUGGAGGCGGUGAAGUUCCCUGAGGGACUCCAAGCACUCAGGUUUGGUGAUCAAUUCAAUCAUGUGCUUGGAGAAGCACUGCCUGCAGGACUCCAGGAGCUGAUUUUAGGCUAUGGCUACAGGUUGGAUGCAAUGAAUGAAAUGACCUUGCCUCAUCAUCUUGAGAGCUUGACCUUUGGCUUCAAGCAGAGCCUGGAUCAAGUGACUUUGCCUGCAAUGCUACAGCACUUGACCUUUGGUCAGGGAUUCAAUCAGACUUUGGACCAUGUCACUUGGCCCAACCUUCAAAGUCUAACCUUCGGUUUUGAGUUCAACCGCAGUUUGGAUGCGGUGACUUUGCCAACGAAUCUCCAAAGUCUUACCUUUGGCCAUAGGUUCAACCAGAGUGUAGAUCACAUUUCUUGGCCCAGCUGCUUGCAAAGUCUCACCUUUGGCUUCAAUUUCGACCAGAGUUUGGACCGGGUCUGCUGGCCGCAUGCUCUACAGAGUCUCACAGUUGACAUGUCAUUUGACCAGAGUUUAGAUGGAGUCACUUUUCCCCAUGGCCUAGAACGUUUGACCUUUGAUGGUCGUUUCAACCAGAGUCUCGACAUGGUUCCUUGGCCGAAGGGCCUCAGAUGUCUCACAUUGGGCCAUCGGUUCAACCAGACUUUGGGCCAAACGACUUGGCCCGCGAACCUGCAGAGCCUGACCUUGGGCGGAUCCUUCAACCACCCUUUGGUGUUGCCCGACAGUUUGCAGAGCCUGACGAUCGGCGGAGAAAGGUUCAGGCAGAGGUUAGAUGCUACAACUCUGCCCGGUGGUCUGUUAAGUUUGACAUUUGGUGAUGAGUUCAACGAGAGCUUGACUGACGUGAGGUUUCCUCAGCGUCUUGAGAGUUUAACCUUUGGCAAUGAUUUUGACCAGAGUUUGGAGAAUGUGACUCUUCCCAGCAGCCUCAGGAGUCUCACCUUCGGCGAUUUUUUUGACCAGAGCUUGGAGAACCUGACUUUGCCUGAGGGCCUUCUGACUUUGACUUUCGGCGAGUACUUCAACCAAAGCUUGGAGAACGUCCCUCUGCCCAGCACGCUGCAGAGUCUCAUUUUCGGAGUUGAAUUCAACCAGAACUUGGAGAAAGUGAUUUGGCCCGCCAGUCUGAAUUACUUGGUGUGCAAAGGCUAUACCUUGAGCACACAGAUUUGAAGCUUAGACCAGAGACUUGGGCCAAAAGCAGGUGGGCCAAAACAGCUCAAGAUCACCGGAGCUCAAAUGACCCCUCCAAAACAGAAUCGUCUUUGAGACCUUCCACGUGCAAACUUGACCUUCAUGUGUUUCGUGAGGAGUCAAUGUAUAGGUAAAGCCAAUUCACAGGGUAUAUGAUAUUCACAGGGUCAAUGUAGAUCAAUGUUUUCUACCCUAAGAAUCUGGGCCCGAACCAACGGGAAGGUGCCCUGCAAGUCACAAAAGAAUCCUCCACAAGCUCACCACCAAUCACCACCAUUUCGCGUUUAGGAUCCUCCGUAGACUGCAUCCCUUUUCAUGCAACGCGACACCAAAGACAUCUUGAAACGGGAUGGCUCAUGUGUAGCUGAUCUUUUGCCCAUGUUUACAACUGCCCUGUUGAAACUUCCACUGCCCUGUUUACUAGCACUUGAAACCUCACUGUUCUACACCCCCAAACUUCCAACUGUCCUGUUUACUACGUGUCACGUCGGUGACGCAGCAAACCUGCAUCGUCCUUCGAGUGAUGACAGUCAUGGAUGUCACGGGUCGAGCUCUCGAGAACCUUCACCAAAGGCACCUUCACUAUCCUUCACUUGCUGCAAGCAGUCAUCAUCCAUCUGCAAGCAGUCAGCAUUCCCUGCAAGCACCUGCAAUGUCUUUCAUGCAGGCCAACGUUGUGUGUGAAGCACAUCGGCAUGGUGUUCGCCUCGAUCUGCCGCAACGGAAGAGUUCGACGACAGUUGCUUCAACUGUUUGCAUCAACUGGCUGGUGCUUAAAAGCAGAAAGACAUGCCCGAUACAUGUGAGAAACAGGGGCCCUCCUCUUCCUACCGUGUACUACUGUUGAGUGAAAACAAGCCAC